CGGCCAGUUCGCCAUCGUGCGGAAGUGCCGGGAGAAGAAAAGCGGCCUGGAGUAUGCGGCCAAGUUCAUCAAGAAGCGGCGCCUGUCGUCCAGCCGGCGGGGCGUGAGCCGGGAGGAGAUCGAGAGGGAGGUGGACAUCCUGCGGGAGAUCCAGCACCCCAACAUCAUCACGCUCCACGACAUCUUCGAGAACAAGACGGACGUGGUGCUGAUCCUAGAGCUGGUCUCGGGGGGCGAGCUCUUUGACUUCCUGGCCGAGAAGGAGUCCCUGACGGAGGAAGAGGCCACACAGUUCCUCAAACAGAUCCUGGAUGGGGUCCACUACUUGCAUUCCAAGCGCAUAGCGCACUUCGACCUGAAGCCCGAGAACAUCAUGCUGCUAGACAAAAACGUGCCAAACCCCCGCAUCAAACUCAUCGACUUCGGCAUCGCUCACAAAAUCGAAGCGGGGACUGAGUUCAAAAACAUCUUUGGGACCCCGGAGUUUGUAGCCCCUGAAAUAGUGAACUACGAGCCCCUGGGGCUGGAGGCUGACAUGUGGAGCAUCGGGGUCAUCACGUACAUUCUUCUCAGUGGCGCCUCUCCGUUCUUGGGCGAAACGAAGCAGGAGACCCUGACGAACAUCUCCGCCGUGAACUACGACUUCGACGAGGAGUAUUUCAGCAACACCAGCGAGCUGGCCAAGGACUUCAUCCGGCGCCUGCUCGUCAAAGAUCCCAAGAAGCGGAUGACAAUUGCCCAGAGCCUGGAGCAUCCCUGGAUUAAGGUGAUCAAGAGGAGGAACGUCCGCAACGAAGACAACGGCAAGAAGCCGGAGAGGCGGCGUCUCAAGACCACUCGGCUCAAGGAGUACACCAUCAAGUCCCACUCCAGCAUGCCCCCCAACAACACCUACAUCAACUUCGAGCGCUUCUCCAAGGUGCUGGAGGAAGUGGCUGCAGCUGAGGAGAGCCUCCGGGAGAUGGAGAGGAACAAGAAGUCCUUCCGGGAGGACAUCGAAGCCUUGCGCUCCAUCUACGAGGAGAAGGAGUCCUGGUACAAGGAGGAGAAUGAGAGCAUCCGCCAAGACCUGCGCCAGAUCCGGCAGGAGCUGCAGAAGACAGAGGCCCUGAAAAAGCAGACCCAGGAGGAGACCAAGAGCACCCUGCUGGUGGCCAACGGACUCAAGCGACGCUACCGGAAGCUGGAGAACCGCUAUGAGGCUCUGGCCUCGGAGAUGAAGUUCGUGCAGGAGCUGAUGUGCUCAAUGGAGCAGGAGAAGCUGCAGGGUGGAGAGGGGGACUGCAGCAUCCGCUAGCCUUCAUCCUCUGAGCUUGUGGGGCUGGGGAGGAGGACCCGGUGGUGGGGAGAAUACCUUUGCCAUGGCCGGUAUGGGGGAGACACCCAAUCUGUGCCCACUUGAGCGUCAUCUAUUCACUAGGAGCCCGAGAGGCUCGGCCUUAAUGGCAUAAAACCGGAGUAGACUGCAGCAGCGUUUAGUAUGCAGGUAUGACAGCCUGGACACUGCAACUCCCAUCAUGCAAUGCUUCUGAUCCAAACUGUAGUCUGCUGAGCCCACUGCAUGCUGGGACCUGUAGUCUUUCCCCCAAUUGCUCCACCAUAUUAAAGUAGAAGGCUGCCCUAUUUAUGGGCUGGUCUCUGGCCAGCCCCCUGUUUUGAGGGUAUAUUGGCAAUGGCCGUUUUUAAUUACUUGCGAGUGGGCCCAGUCCUUGUCCAAGGACUUGGGCUGUUUUUUACUCUGAAAUUAAUGAAAUCACUUGCUGAUCAUUCUUAAUGUUCCAUCUCUUUCCCGCUGCCUCUGACCACCAGCAGUGAAGCUGUGACUUGUUUUCUAACUCCCUUCAGCCAUGGCUGCGACCAUCCUGACCUGGGUACUGUAGCUGCUUGGACUUCUAGAGCAUCCUGGCAGCGGGAGCUGCUCUUGCAAGUUCAUAAGGCUCUUGCCUGUCUGGGGAGAGAGACCAGCAGGUGUUCCCAGAUAAACUAGUUCCGUAGGGCAGAGCUGAACUGCUCAGGGGGGCCCUUGAUCUGUGCAUUGAUAGCUCCUGACACGUUUGGAGAGCAAAGAGCCAAACCCUUUGGAAAAGGCUUCUAACUGGCCAGUCUGUAACCUGGCUCUCAAGCUCUCCUGACCUGGGCCACUUGCCUUAGCCAACCUCCUUAGCCGGCUCGCACAGGGGCGGCCUGUCUACUCUCGCUGGUAGAAUCUCUCUCGCCGAUUUGCAGGCUCCUCGAGAGCUGUUGCCUCAGCAGCGUGACCUUCCUUCCUUCCUUCUCAGCAACUGCCUUUGUCCCUCAGCGCCCCCAGUGCUGCUUUAUCCCCUGGUGUGAGGGGAGGGCUUUAAUUUCUUUUUAAACUCUCCAAGCCACUCUGCUGUUGGAAAUACGUUUUCUUACCGUUCUGGGGGGAGAAUUGCUCACCCUGCGAUGAUGCUAACCAUUGAGACUAGAGCUGCCUCCCGUCCAGCAGUUACUAGCUAUAACCUGUGGGGCUUGGGCUUGCUUUAGGGCUGCCGGGCACCGUUCCCAGCUGCAAAGGAUGCUCUGGAACGCUAGGGCGUCCUCUCCGUGAUCCUUGCCCUUUCCCAGGGUUUAAUUUGCACCUCACUCGAUCCUGGCCACGGAAGAGACUGGCGGAGCAGUCCUGAGCCAGUGCUGGGUUGUAGAAUUGGAGAGUUGAAUCGUUUUUCCCCCUAAUGAGGGCAGGGUUUGGCCUUCUCCUGCCACGCUUCCUCCCUGCUGGCCUCCAUAUCAAAGACCCCGCUUUAUUCGAGGCAGGAGAGCACUGGGAGUCUAGGAUCUUGAACCCAAGCAGGUGUCUUCCCAAGAUACGCUGGGUGUGCUGCAGCUCUGAUGGCCGCAGGGGCUGCCAUGAACAUACCUGCCCAUGUCAACUCCCCGUGCCUGGUCUCCUUUUCUGCACCUCCUGGCCUGGAUGUUCCUCCGGAGCCAUCUUGGCUGGGGUUGUUCCUGCUGCUUCUUGGAGCCUUUUCCACCUGUCAAUUGCUCGUUGUCCCCUGAAGCAGCUGGAUACCUCCCGACUUCAGUCUCUGCCUGUCGCGUGGCUUCUGUUUUCCCUCCGCUUGGUGCCUCUCAGCCCUGAGCCCGCGUAGGAGUUCGUGCUGCCUCUUUUCUGACAACCUCUUUCUUCUUUGUACAAUAGGAAUCCCAGUGUCAUGGAAGCUAGAGGUGAGAAAGAUCAACUAGCAGGCCCAUGGAGUUGGCUAACGCAAUGCGGGUCCUUCCUUGCUCUCUCUUCUGCCUCUUCCCUGAUCCUUUUCUCACACGUGUUACAGGCUGCCUGGCAUCGUGCCCAGUACUCAGGAGUGGAUUUGCUGGCCACAGCAGGGCCAUAAGGGUCUCUCCUGACUCCGGCUCCUUAUACUGCGUGUUCCUCACCGCUGCUGGUCACCCACCAGAUCUUCAAUUUCUCUCCUGCCCUAGUGGCCUGAUUCAGUGUUUGGCCCUCUAGGGCCGAAUUCCCUUGCACGUUUCUUCCCCCGCCCUCUCCUUAUGUUCGUCACGUGCAGAAGCCGCUUGUCCGUGCUUGUCCCUUUUCUCCCCUACCCCCGCCCCACCUUUGGGCGUUGACUGGCCUCUGUGCACUUCCCAUCUCCCUGCAUGUUGCCAGCAUGCGCCAAAUCAAGGCCUGCGGUCUAUGGUGCUUGAUUUGUUGUUUCCCUGUAGUUAUUCCCUCCACGCCUUCCAACCAGGGACCUGAGAGUGCUUUGCAGACACCAACUGAAUCUCAGUUGACCCGUGUAUGUUUCUAGAGGCGAACUGAAUCGCACAGUCAAGUCACUAACCUAUGGGAACAGAACCCAGGAGUCCUGCCUUCUAUCCCCAUCUCGACCCACUAGCCAAUCCUCUUGCCUGCAAGCUAAACCACAUUUCUACCUCCACCAUCCAUGUCUGGUUACGGCUGUUCUGUGGCCUGUUAUCCAGGCAGUUUAACUUUGUGUUUCAUCUUCAGUAAAACGUUCGCUGCCCCCUUGCUGCAUUGUACCGACAGCUGCUUUGAUAGUUCAAGGCAACUGUUUGAGUCUCUAGUGUACCUUGAAUUUCAGUUUCCCUAACUUUGACCCUUACAGCCAUGUGCUGUCUUCAACUCCAGGUCCAAUCAGUUUCCUUUCUUGGCUUCCCUCCCGUCCGUUCUAGCCUGGGGUUUGCUCUAUACAAUCACGCAGUGCAAGAAAGAGUCUAUGUGCAGACUGGCAGUCGUGGGGGAAGAAACCGUCUAUCAAGCUGGAAAACAAUAAUCCGGCUGCAAACGUGGCAUGUGCAGCUUGUUUGGUCUCUUCUAGUCUGUGGACUCUAGCGUCAGGAGGAGAAGAAUGCAAAGAAUGCCCUGGAUUUUCCUGGCUUUCCUGCUAACUCUUCGUCAUUGAUCCCUCCGGGGAGAAAGCAGUGAGAAAUUCGUUGCUUUACGGCUCAUGCCUCCACGUUGAAAAGCCAAGCAGGCUAGUGGCUGUGUUGCUUGAGAGUCCCUUUUCAGCUGGUCUCUCUAAACCCCUGCUUUCUUCCAUGUCUCUCUGUCUCGUCCUUUAAGCAAUCUAUGACCAAAGACUUUGAAUCUCACGGGGGCCCAAUCCUUGCCCUUGCCAGAUACACUCCAGUCCUGUCGAUUUCACUGGGAAUAAAGGAUUGCUUGGCACUUCCCAGGAUCAGGUCCCACGUCUGCAGGGAGCGUAACUUCUACUCUGCGCUCAUGGCAGGCUACGUUCCCCCGGCGGUUGGGGUUCAGGGCUGGGCUGCUGCAAGGCUGUAUCCUGGGUGCGGUCGGAUGUGACAGCAACUACACCUAGAAAUCUCUCAAACGUUCUCUUCACCCAGCUUAAGGAAUUGGGCUCCAGACUGUAAAAUGAAAGAGCAAGAAAAUGCCUAGUGGAGUAUAUUGUUGUUGUCUCUUCCUCCACAGAGGCAAUGUUUGAUGCACUUAUCCCAUUCCGAUUGUAUUCCCCUUUUCUCCUGUGCCAUAGCUCCAAAGGCCAUGGAUUCGAAAGGCAGCCCUGUGCCUGCAUAAGGUGCAGCAUUGAGGGCUGUCACGUAACUCUUGAACUCUGAGCUGUAGUGCCACCUCAGAGAUGAAAUAGACCCGUGCGUUUGUGCCAAUCAGAGUCAAAAGCACCAUUGCAUGUGCCGUAACCCAGCACCCAACUUCCGUAAUGAAGUGGACGCCGGCCAGAACGCGCUUUCAGGCGAACUUGUUCCAGUGGCACAGAAAUGUCUGUGUAAAAUGAGGGAGGGGCCUGGACUGGUUCAUCUCUGGAUACAUAGUGGAUCAGGGAAACCAGAUACUCAACCAAGAGAUGUUGGUUACCACGCCUGUAUCAGAUCUGCAGAAAACGUGUGUUUUCCCGGCCUGUGAUGUGUGAUCUCCAAGUGUCCUUUCUGUACUCAUGUGCUAUGCGUUCUGAGGGGUUGGAGGAGGGAACCUUGCAGCCACUCCUGUAUGUUCCUGGUUUUUGAAUACCUUUACCCCUGGUGUUGGAGAAAGCAGAUGCCGGUGCGGGAUUAAAUAGAUGAGGAGAGGCAGGUGUGAACAACCAGGUGAGAUGUGAGGUUUGUCCACAGGCUGGUCUCGAGCUGCUUGGAUGAGUUGGGAGCCCCGGGUGUGCCUGAGUGUAUUGCACUGUGGCAAUCCUUGGCGGUCCUUGAGCAAGGACCAGCAUCUCUUCCCGUCCAGGGAAAGUCCUUAGUCAGUCCCUGCUGUCAGCAGGUGUCAACCCAACUCAGGGCCUUGAGGAGGGAGAAGAGCAUGGGCUCUUGGGGAGCCCGAUGCUUGUCAUGAACAUGAUAGUGGGGCAGAUAGAAACUCCUGUGUGAGAGCCACUGGUCACUGGGACCCCUGGCCCCUUCCCAGAGCAAGUCUCCACUCUGCCUAGGGGUCCCCAAAGGAAAGGCUGAGAGAGGUCUCUGGGGAACAGCAGCUCUUCCAUUGCUUGGGGCAGGGAGUUGUUGGUUUGUAUCAGAACCUAGGGUUGAAAGGCAGAUGGUGCCUGUAGCGCCUUGCCUGAACCGAGUGUUGGAAGGAGAGCUGUUGUACAGCGCAGCAGCAACAACGCGCAGCCAAUCAGUGUUCAACUUUGCCUGAAGGCAGUCGGGGGUUGGCCAAUCACUGACUCUCAGUGUAGACAGGGGCUGAGCCCUCUCGGUUCACCCACAUGGCUGUCUGGGCUCCUGGGUUGUGUUGCUCUGUGCCAUGCCCUGCUGCCUGUGUAGCAGGGAGAUGUAUUAACCUUGGGCUAGGUCCACUUCUAGUAGGAAGGAGUGACCCCAUGUACUCCUCUGCUCUGGGACACUCACAAUCCAGCACCAAUAGGUUAUACCAGCCUGUCUUUAUUUUAAAGGAAUAAAGAUUUCUGUAUCAACA